GUUUAUUUCUCUUCGUACCAAACCAACAGACAGAGAAAAAAAAAUAAAGAAGUCGUCGUUGUCGUCAAAGAAAGAAAGCGCCAUGGAUGCCAUCGAUUCCGUCGUCGAUCCUCUUAGAGACUUCGCCAAGGACAGUAUUCGCCUCGUUAAGCGUUGUCACAAGCCAGAUCGCAAAGAAUUCACGAAAGUGGCGGUCCGUACAGCCAUCGGGUUCGUAGUAAUGGGAUUCGUGGGCUUCUUUGUGAAGCUCAUCUUUAUUCCGAUUAACAACAUCAUCGUCGGUGCCACUUAGGUCACUCCCCUUCACCAUUUUCCUCUGUUUGGAAAGACAGUAAAAAAGAUAACCUGGGAGGAUGGAGAAAGGUAGCUACAGCUUUGUUGUUUGAAGAAGGCACUUCAUAGUUUUUGUUUUUUUUUUUGGUUCAGAUACACAAAAGAGGAAACAUUUGUUCACAAAUUGCAUUCUCCGGUAAUUGCAUUCUAAUUAAUAUAUGUUACUGUUUAUUUUUCAC